GGCCCUAGGGCUGCGCGCCCAGGAGGCCGGUUCGGAGCAGUCGCUUCCUGCGGGGCGGGGAGAGGAGGGGAGGCGGCCGCGCCGGGCUCGCAGCCGCCGGAGGCUGCACCUGCCUCGGAGGAUGCGCAGGAGCCCGCGGGAACCUCUCCGGGUCAGAACUUUUUAGGCUGCCCGCCCCCAUCCCCGCAGUCCCCGGGCCGCGCACCGGUAGGCGGGGGCCGAGGGGGCGCCGCGGAGCGAGUCCCCCUCCUGUCACCCCCACCCCCCCAGCCCGGCCGCCCGCCGCUUUGUUGCGGGCGCGCCGAGGGAAGGCGAGGCUGCGGCGGAUCAUGCCCAUGGUGUAGCCGCGAAGCGGAGGCAUGGCUGCCGGAAGGUUACUGCUCUACACGGGCCUCUCGCUAGCGCUCUGCGCCCUGGGCAUGCUGGCCGUGGCCAUCUGCUCGGACCACUGGUACGAGACGGACGCCAGGAAGCACAGGGACAGGUGCAAGGCCUUCAACACCCGCCGGGUCGACCCUGGCUUCAUUUACAACAACAACAACAACUUGCCGCUCCGGGCCAGCCGCUCGCGCCUGGACCGCUGGGAGGGCAAACUCCUCCGGGCCCGCAAUCGCCGGCAGCUCUUCGCCAUGAGCCCCGCGGACGAGUGCAGCCGGCAGUACAACUCCACCAACAUGGGCCUCUGGAGGAAGUGCCACCGGCAGGGCUUCGACCCGGAGAUCGCCGCCCUCAUUCGGAAAGGAGAGAUUGAGCGAUGCACGUACAUCAAAUACCACUACUCCUCAGCAACCAUCCCCAGGAAUCUCACUUUCAAUAUCACGAAGACCAUCCGUCAGGACGAGUGGCACGCCCUACACCUGCGCAGAAUGACAGCCGGCUUCAUGGGCAUGGCGGUGGCCAUCAUCCUCUUCGGCUGGAUCAUCGGCGUGCUGGGCUGCUGCUGGGACCGAGGCCUUAUGCAGUAUGUGGCAGGGCUUCUCUUCCUCAUGGGAGGAACCUUCUGUAUCAUUUCACUGUGCACCUGUGUGGCCGGGAUCAACUUUGAGCUGUCACGCUACCCACGCUACCUGUAUGGACUCCCCGAUGACAUCAGCCAUGGCUAUGGAUGGUCCAUGUUCUGUGCGUGGGGGGGCCUGGGCCUCACGCUAAUCUCGGGAUUCUUCUGUACCUUGGCCCCUUCUGUCCAACCUGUCCCGAGGACCAACUGCCCUAAAUCCAGACCCGAGAAUGGGACAGUGUGCUAAAAAUCCCAAACCCAUACAUAUAUAUAUAUAUAUAAAUAUAUAUAUAAUAUACA